AUGCGACCAGAAACACGGACAACACGGUUUGUCUGCGUCUCCGAUACACACGCGUACACCCCGUCCGAGGCGGGUUUCAGACUUCCAGCUGGCGAUGUUUUGAUCCACGCCGGCGACCUCACCAACCACGGCAGCGCAGCUGAGCUGCGCAAGACGAUGAGCUGGAUUGCUGCGGCCGACUUCGAAGUCAAAAUUGUCAUCUGUGGAAACCAUGACGUUACACUGGACCCAGGCUUCUACGCCGAAUACGGGGCCAAAUUCCACGGUCAGCUUCUAGAAGACCCCCGGCAAUGCAUCGAGAUCGUGACCGAAGCAUCACCCUCCAUCAUUUUCCUCAGGCACCAGUCAGCACUAGUCCGGUUGAUCCGGCCCAACGGCCCAAAGACCAUCUUCAGGGUCUUCGGCUCUCCAUAUUCCCAAUCACCCGGCACUUGGGCUUAUGGAUACGAAUCCGCAGACGCUGUUGCGCUUUGGAGCUCCAUUCCAUUGGACACCGACAUCGUCGUGACGCAUACGCCGCCUUACUCUCACUGCGACAGCCGAGUAGAGGGCUCACCCGCUGGAUGCGAAGCCCUGCGUGGGGCGUUGAGCGAGGUUCGACCGUCACUGGCCGUCUGUGGCCAUGUUCAUGAAUCGCGAGGUUAUGAAAGGGUGCGAUGGUAUCCGUCGCCCGCCUCGUCAUCGACAACGACAACAACUGACACACCGGAACAGCAGCAUCAUGCUAUCCGGGGCACUUUGCCCCCUCCAGGCAGUAGAAAGCAAAGCCUCGUCGAUCUCACGGGAAAGAAGGCACCGAAGUUAGAUAACGAUGACUUCGCCGUCAAUGACGUUCAACGAUCUCUCGACAUCCUGGCCCGAUCAUCGCAGAACGUGAUGUUGAUAGAGUUGCCCGACGGACCACCUCAACGGUCUCAGUCGUCCGAAGCUGAUCAACCAACGUCAUCUGCCCUGUCUUCGUGCCUGAAGGGCAGACAGAGCGACGUCGAACAGAAUCGGCCCCGUUCCCAGAGACGCGAGACAUGCAUCGUCAAUGCAGCGAUCAUGGCGACCAGUUGGCCGCAUCGAGGAGGGAAAAGGUUCCACGCUCCUAUAGUGGUCGAUUUAGAACUGCCGGUCUGGAGAGAACAGUAGAGAGCAACUGAAUCCCGCGGGUGUGGAGUGAUAAGCCCCAUUUUCUUUGUCCUGGAUCGCCCGGCCACGGAUCGAAUCUGAUGGCUGGGUUUGCGACGUGGGAUAUCGUUUGUUGCACAGCAGACAGCUUGAGCUUUGACCUGUGGUCUGACGUAUGAGUGGCCACUUCGGGGCGGAUGCGUCAGUAGUUGCCUUGGAACGAGAAGGACAGUUCAGUGCUGGUAGCUCGGUCCGCCCUCCGCUGUUUUAGGUAUUCUUCCCGAUCGGAGUGG